GAGAUCACACACUGCAUAGGUCGUCACGCUUGUGAUGAAUUGCAACACAGUUACUGGACUACGGUAGUUUACUCAUUGUCACUGGAUAUCCUUAUACAAGACCUGGUUUCAGGGUUGUUGUUGAGCAAACACGUUGACAUCAGGGAAGGCUUCCGACCGAUGACACAUAAGGUCGUGCGAAUUCCCGCGCAACUAGGAUAAGAUGUAGGACAACACCAUGCCGCAACAGACUGUUAAAGGAUUAAACUUGAAAUUCCACCGAAGAGAAGAAGCUAUGAUGAGGCAGUGUUGGCACAGCUGCAUGUAGAGGAGCGGGCGUCGUGUUUCCUUCAGUGAUGAGUGACGACAAGACGUCGAGGAUAAUCCAGACAGCCUGGCUCUUCUGGGGUUUCAUGAUGCCGGGAGUUGGUGACGCUAUCCUGGGUCCAACCCUCCUGGAUCUGCAGCUGCUCGUCCAGGAGUCAGUGGACAAGUUCUCCUUCCUGAUCCUGUGUACAGGAGUAGGCGCCAUUACAGGCAGUCUCCUCACAGGAUUCAUAUUCACCAGCGUCAACAACAGACUCAAGUUGGCACUGACCAUCAUACUGGGCUCCGUGGUCAACUGCGUCACGCCGGCAGUUCCAGCGUUUGGCUACUUCUGUGUCAUGUUCUUCUUACAAGGAUUGUCCAGAGGUUUCGCAGGAUGCUAUUUGUUGGAAGUGUGCAACGACUUGUGGGUGCAGAAGGGAACACCCUUCCAGUUCAUCUUCUGUGGCGCAACAACUGGAUCUAUUCUGACUCCGCUCAUCGUCCGCCCUUUCCUGUGUGUAAUGGAAGCCCCUGACAACCUCUUCUUCCCCCCAACACUUACAGCUAAUCAGACCAAUGACAAUACGACUGCAUGUUCCGCUGCUGACACCCAUGUACAACAGGCCUACCUUGUUCUCGGAGCCCUUACCCUUCCAAGUGGUAUAGCCUUCAUCUAUUACUGGCUCCAGAGCAGAAGGUCUGGGACUAUUGAACACGUGUCGCUCUACGAGGAUCCGGACGACAAGACGAAGCAAGUGGUCAAAAACAAACUGCAUUAUCUGUUUUUGAUACUUUUGUUUUUCUUCUUUUUUCCCAUAGUUGGAAACACCAUGUUGUAUAAUACAUACUUGACGGUGUUCGGAGUCGAGGGACCCCUGCAUAUAUCUAAAACGGUUAUGAUGUACAUGACGUCAGUAUUUUGGGGAGGACUGCUUGUUAGCCGUGUUGGUAACAUGUUGUUAACACGAUGCUGCGGAAACUUCUACAUCAUCUUGGUGAACUGCACGUGUCUUUUUGUAAGCGGAGUGACAAUGCUUAGUCUUGCAGGAAGAUAUGAAGAGGCAUUGUGGGUAACGACCUUAGCGCUUGGUCUGUUCUCAGGACCCUAUCAAGGGGCAGCCUUAGCUUGGUCAGAGAACUUUAUACCUUUAGGACCGAAAAUAAUUUCACUGACAUUUUUGGGUGUGGGUGCAGGUGCAAUGAUAUUGCCGUUUGCCGGGGGUAUGUUGUAUCACUAUGUGCCCCCGAUGGGGCACAUGUACUUAGUAUUUAGUAUGAUUGUUUUUCUGUGUUUAGUAUUCUUUCUACUAAACUAUGUAGGAUAUCGUAUUAAGAUGUCACCUAUACGGCAGCCAGAGAUCCCUUUAAAGGAAAGCGAGUCGGAGUGAUGUUAGUUGUAGCUGAUAAAUGGAAUCGGACUAGGGUGAUCAAUAGUGGAUGGUGAGUCAGCUAUGCCAAUCAUACUGGAAGCAGAUUAAUCAUACCUCUGGAUUUGAGAGUUCGUUAUACUGAUAAAUCAUAACUGGGUGAUCAAUAAUGGAAGGGAGAGUGCGUGAUUGAGUGAGUUUGAAUUUACACCGCUUUUAGCAACUUCAGGGCAAUAUUCCAGCGAUAUCACGGUGGGGAAACUAGAAAUGGGCUUCACACAUAGUACCCAUGUGGGGAAUCAAACCCGGACGCUUUAACCACUUGGCUAACCAACUGCCCUGGAAGAGAAAGUUCGCUAUAUUGAUCCCCAAUAAUACCUAUAUACAUGACUUGAUUCGGAAUAACAUUUUCAGCUGUACAGAUGUUUCCUUGUACAGUGGGUUGUACUGGGCGCCAGGUUGUCGUCUUGUCGGUGUUAUUGAUCAUACUGCUCUCAAUGCACUUAUCUGACAUAUAUUUUGAAAUUGAUAUUUUUUCUAUAAGACUGUGUUUCUCCUUGUUUAUUACCAGGUCUCUAAUACAAACAUAUUUGUGUGAUGCUC